CCUCUCUCUGUCUUUCAAUCUCUCUCUCGGAGUGCCAGAUGUUGAAACAAAGGUCUAAAAAUAAUCUUUCCAUCUCUCUUUCCAGGGUGGCAAAGCUGCCCAAGUGACAAGAGCUGAGGGUUCGAGUCCUCUGAGAACAAGAAACUUCUGGGACGACACCAAAGAAGAAACCCUUUUUGGUCCCCAAGCCCGUCAUACUUUGGCAAUGUUUUGAAGAGCGGGUUGGUGUUUCUCCUUGGAGCUGGACCAAAGCGACCAACCUCUUUUUUCCCUCCUAAGAAAUCCAUUGCCUGGCUCAUCCUCCACCCUUUGGAUUCUUUUCUUUUCUGCCUCUCACUUUCUCAUGGUGUGAGAAGAGGCAGCAUUUGGCUGCAAGGAGCUGGAAUGGAGGGCAAACAGCACAUCCGCCCCAAGUCUUUAGGGAUGAUUUUGGGUCUCAUGCUACUUUUGCUUCUCUGUCCACCUUCCAAGUGUGCCAGGCGACGCUGGAGAAGGACUCCGCACCUGAAACUGGGAGAGAAAUAUGACGACUACGAGUACCCCCUUCACUCUCAUGGGGCGCCUUACCAGAAGAACGACCGCUGCCCUCCUCCACCGCAGACACUGCCCGACCGCGCGUGCGAAGUGCCCAGCUGCCGCUCCGACUCUGAGUGUGAGAGGCACAAGCGCUGCUGCUACAACGGCUGCAUCUAUGCCUGCUUGGAAUCGGUGCCACCACCACCAGUCCUAGAUUGGCUGGUGCAGCCGAAGCCACGCUGGCUGGGAGGGAAUGGCUGGCUGCUGGAUGGACCUGAGGAAGUUUUACAAGCGGAAGCCUGCAGCACCACUGAAGAUGGAGAUGAGCCACUCCACUGUCCAACGGGAUAUGAAUGCCACAUCAUUAACCCUGGUAACGCGGCAGAAGGCAUCCCCAAUCGGGGCCAGUGCAUCAAGUUGCGUGGAAACUCUGAUGGAUGGAAUCUAAGGCCUAAACAUUACAAGGAAUAUUUUGGAGGCAGUUCCAACAACGUGGUGGGUUAUGUGAAGCAGCAACAGAAGCACCUCGGCUAAUUCUAUCCAGGCGACAAGGCGAAUUCUCUCAGCGAAUGAAUUGUGGAGUGGGAAGGCAUGGGUACAACACAGUUUGGAGUUAAGGCAUCUCCCUUAUGGUCUCGGACUUUGGUUUCCUCCUUCUAGUAUCCUUCUCAUUUAGCCUUACUCUCCUUGUUUCUCAUGACUACAAAACUAGCCCAAGGACCUCAUCAUUCCCAUCCCAUUGUUAACAACCUUGGUAAGCAAUUGUGUCUUGGUGAAGUUACUUCUUUGGACUCCCCGCCGCCUGGGAGGUUCUGGAGUUCAACAAAGUAACGUUCCCAAACUCCGUUCUAGCAAUGGAACUUUCGGGGUUGCUGUGUGUUUUCCAGGCUGUAUGGCCAUGUUGCAGUAGCAUUCUCUCCUGAAGUUUCACCUGCAUCUGUGAGGAGCCCCCGGUGGCGCAGUGGGUUAAACCCCUGUGCCGGCAGGACUGAAGACUGACAGGUCGCAGGUUCGAAUCCGGGGAGAGGCGGAUGAGCUCCCUCUAUCAGCUCUAGCUCCUCAUGCGGGGACAUGAGAGAAGCCUCCCACAAGGAUGAUAAAAACAUCAAAUCAUCCAGGCGUCCCCUGGGCAACGUCCUUGCAGAUGGCCAAUUCUCUCACAUCAGGAGUCACUCCUGACACAACAAAAAAAAACCUGCAUCUGUGGCUAAUGUCAUCCUCAGAAGACUGUUGGAAGUGAGGCAAGUGUAGUAUACCUGUGGAAUAAUGUUACCUGUGCAAUUAUGUUAGGCCCAGUGUCUGCCAACCUAGCAUGUCAAAAACAUGCAAAUGUGAGUAGAUCAAUAAGUACUGCUUCGGCAUGAAGGUUACGGUGCUCCAUGCAGUCAUGCUGGCCACUUGACCUAGGAGACCUCUGUGGACAAUGCUGGCUCUUUGACUUAAAAAUGGAAAUGAGCACCAAAGUCCCAGAGUCGGACACGACUAGACUUAAUGUUAAGGAAAACCUUUACCUUUAAUGUCCUGGGUGGAAGAAAGAACCCUGGUCUGUUUGAAGCAAGUGUGAAUGUUGCAGUUAGCAAGCUUGAUUAGCAUUGAGUAGUCCUGCAGCUGCAAAGCCUGGCUGUUGCUAUCUGAGGAGAUCCUUUGUUUGGGAGGUGUCAUCUGGCACCUUAUUGUUUCAUAGAAUCAUAGAGUUGGAAGAGACCUCAUGAGCCAUCCAGUCCAACCCCCUGCCAAGAAGCAGGAAAAUCGCAUUCAAAGCACCCCGACAGAUGGCCAUCCAGCCUCUGUUUAAAAGCUUCCAAAGAAGGAGCCUCCACCACACUCCGGGGCAGAGAGUUCCACUGCUGAACGGCUCUCACAGUCAGGAAGUUCUUCCUCAUGUUCAGAUGGAAUCUCCUCUCUUGUAGUUUGAAGCCAUUUUUUCACAUCCUAGUCUCCAGGGAAGCAGAAAACAAGCUUGCUCCCUCCUCCCUGUGGCUUCCUCUCACAUAUGUAUACAUGGCUAUCAUAUCUCCUCUCAGCCUUCUCUUCUUCAGGCUAAACAUGCCCAGUUCCUUAAGCCGCUCCUCAUAGGGCUUGUUCUCCAGAUCCUUGAUCAUUUUAGUCGCCCUCCUCUGGACACAUUCCAGCUUGUCAACAUCCAACUUGUGGAAGUUGAAGUGCAAAACAUCUGGAGGGAGGACCCAAGUUUAGCUAUGGCUGUCUAAAUGGUGAAGGUGUCAUCCACAAAUCUGUCAGGAGAGAAUGCUGCUGAAAAAUGGCCAUAUAGUACAAAAAACUCACAGCAACCCAGUGAUUCUGUCCAUGAAAGCCUUCGACUACACAAUGGUACUUUCUCUGCCUUCUUUAAGGCUGUCCUUGUGUCAUUUUGGUGUGGGAAGAUGACCUCUUGUAGCAUGCUGGAUUUCAGUAACUGGGUGCCUAUCAACCGCAUGGCUGCCAAUCCGGUUACGGUGCCUCAUCAUUUCAUGUCAGUGUCACCCUCAUUGUACUGUACUUCCUUAUCAUUCUUGCUGGAACGCAUAUGGGAAACUGAGUCACAGAGUCACAAAAGGGACACUGGAUAAGCACAGGCAUGUUGGUUUAUCACUACGCAGGAGUCUUCAAUGCUUUUCGGAUUUAUGAUUCGCAAAGUCAUCAUUUUGAGUGGUAUUAAAGUUGCUAUUUGGAACAAUA